AUUUAGAGUUGCAAUGCUUUUUUAAUAAAUUGGAAAGUGUUCCCCGGCGCUUUCCCCACUUCUAGUGGUACUUCUGGGAAAAAAAAGUAAGAAUGAUUUAGAGUCACACAAACUUUGCCAAAUAUGGUAUGUGACAUUUUAAGUGGGACUUCCCGAAAAGGUAAAAUGAGACAAUAUAAAUGGGACGGAGGGGGUAUUUACAUGAUGGUAUAUAUUUUGGUUGGGUCAUAGAAAGGGCAUCGAGUUGACCAAUUGGUCAGAUAAGGCCCAAUUAUCGGAAUCGGUAAUUGAUUGGAUAACAGUCCGAAAUGGACUUCAGAGACUUAUAAAUUAAAGUUUUGGAAUAUAUAUUAUUUCAAGGGGGCCAUCAUGAUUGAGAGUAAGUAAUAUAUUUUAUUUGACCCGAUAAAAUAAAUUAUAUUUAAAACAGUCCGAAAAAUACAACUUUCGAGACCGAAUAUACAUUUCUGGAAAAAAAAGGUUGACCUCCCACAUGGGUGGGCGCCAACCCACGAAUUUGGUCAUCCAAACAAAGGGUUUGGCCGGUUAGAGUAAAGAGGGGAACAUGGGAGGGGAUGGUGAUUUGAUCAAUUUGGCAUCAAACAAAAAUGAGGUGGCCCCAUCCACGCUCAUUUGUUCAAUGAGACAAAGAGGUAAUCCUCACCUCCCUCUCCCUCAUCUUUUCGGCCAAGCUACACCCACGAAGAGCAAAAAAACCAUCCAGCUCCUUUUUCCCCAUUGUUGAAGGAGAGCUCAAGAAGGAAGAAUCUCAAGAAAAGGGAUUAAGGUGCUAAAAGUAUAAGGAAUUUAGGAGCAUAACUAAAGUGUUUCUAGAGUUCGCCGGAGUUUCGCCGGAGUUCGCCGGAGUCUCGCCGGAGUUUCACCGGAGUUCAACCGAGGAACGUCGAACGCGCUUAAGCUCAUGUAAGGUUGAAGCUAGAGCUUGCUACCUGCACCUUUCUACGGGUGAUAUCUAUUUCAAGGAAGACAUGAAAUGGAGGGUAGGCGAAUGGCAACCAGGAACAAUCCGAGGGGGCAAGUGCCGGUAGUAUCCAUGAGGGAUAGCCGGGCUGCAUCUCGGGGUUCAAGAGGAGGCUGUGGAGGCCAAGGGAUCCGUGGAGAUCAUUGGGCUCAAACUGUGAGUGACGGCCACGUUAGUUCGGUGUAUGAAACCAACACCGAAGACUAUGACUCUACAUACGUUCCUGAAACGGAGCAUGAGGAGACCCCAUAUGAUGGGGGUGACACGUGCACCGAUGAUGAUGACGAAGAAAGUGAUGCCAAGUUCGCCCAAAUGGGCGAAUUGCUUGAGUGGUAUCAAAAAGAGAAACUGAGGAGAGACCUUAGGCGUCAAGCAAGGCGUGGCUCUCAUGGUGGUUCGGGUCAAGGAAGUCGGGGAGCUUCAAGGGCCACUCUAGCGGCAUCACAAGGUGGGCGUGAAGGAGGGUUUUGUGUGAGGAUCUCCAAAUACCUCAAGGAGGCUAGAGCCUUGGGGUGUAAAUCCUUCGACGACACCGGUGACAUUACUGUCGCCGCCGAUUGGAUAAAGAAGGUGAAGGAUGCGGCAAAAGACAUGCAAAUUACACCGGAAGUGAAGUUGACUGUCGCUUCACGUCUGCUUGAAGGGAUAGCUUCCACGUGGUGGGAGAGUGUAGAAGGGAAAUACCGCAGGGAGGUCUCAUGGUUCAAUUUUGAUCAAGAAUUCUAUGACCAAUACUACACUGACUAUGAGAAAAAUGUCAAGCGUAGGGAGUACACCAACCUUAAACAGAAGGAGGGUGGUUCUGUUAAGCAAUUGGAGCAAGAUUUUAGAACCUUGGCUAGGUUCUUACCGAAGUACGCGAUCAAUGAGGACCGCAUGUCAGAACACUUUUGGGACGCCUUACUCUUGGACAUCUGUGACUGAGCUACAUACUCUCACCACAUGACGUUCAACGAGGUGGUGGAACAGGGCCUACUUGGGGAGGCUCAGUGGAAUGAGAGGAAAGGAAGAGACGCCGAAGAGGCGAAAAAGAGAAAGUGGCAUAGUUUGGGUCCGCCCGUGCAAGCACGAAGGAAUAACCACGGUGGAGGUGGUGGUUCGUUCAAGGCACCAACACCACCGGCAAAGAAGAACAAGGAUGCUCGGUGGCACUCAUCCUCCUCUCAAAAUACGGGGCCUCCUAAGUGUGCCAACUGUUCGAAGAAUCACUUCGGGAAGUGAAACACCCCCCCGAGGUGUUAUCAAUGUGGGAACACGGGCCACAUGAAGGCCAAUUGCCCACAAUUGGGAGGAGGAGGAGCUCCAGGGUCCGGAGGAGGUGCUUUGACGGGUAGAAACCGUGUUGGACCGUUAAACGGCGGCACGGGAAGAGGCGGCGCGUCCACAAGCCAUACCACGUCCAUAAAUGAAGGCGGGGCCCAAGCGAGGGUGUACGCGAUGACCGAAGCGAAUACACGUGCUAAGCCGGACUCCGUUGCAGGAACACUAAAGUUUAACGGGAGAGAUGCAAGAAUCCUCAUUGAUACGGGGGCGCAACAAUCAUUUGUGAGUGAGUCGUUCGCCAAAGGGUUCAAUGAACCGCUAGUACCGAUGACUCAAACUCUAUUGGUUUCCACACCUUUGGGGGAUGACAACGAAAGAGAUAGCCACCAUCCCUCGUGUGAAGUGGAAGUAGAGGGCCAAACCAUGGCGUGUGAUUUUGUACCCCAGGGUAUGAUUGAAUUCGAUGCAAUCCUCGGGAUGGAUUGGCUGGAGAAGCAUCAUGCCAGGGUCGAUUGCUACACAAAGGUCCUCGAACUUGAAAGCGGUGAAGGUUUGAUCCUACGCUUUGAGGGAUACAGAGGCAAGGCUACCAGUUGUAUCAUAUCUGCCGUGAGGGCACGAAAGAUGAUGAAGAAAGGAUGCCACGCGUACCUUUCUUACGUGGUGGAUGAGACAAAGAAAGAAGUUGACAUUAACGAUGUACAUAUCGUGUGUAAGUAUCCGGACGUCUUCCCUAAAGACUUACCGGGGCUUCCACCCGAUAAGGAAAUUGAAUUCGUGAUCGAAGUAGAGCCAGGAACAAAACCCAUUUUGAUUCCUCCUUAUCGAAUGGCACCGGCGGAACUUCAAGAGUUGAAGGUCCGACUGCAAAAGCUAUUGGACAACGGAUUCAUUAGACCUAGCUAUUAACCGUGGGGGGGCACCGGUACUCUUCGUGAAGAAGAAAGACGGUACUCUAAGAAUGUGCUACUCACUUGCAUAAGUAUCACCCUAUGUUUGGGUCUUAUACUUGAAACGCUAGUUAUUCUAUAUUUAGCCUGCUACUCACUUGGUACUUGUACUGACCCCUUCGGGGGUCCACCAUUUUCAGGUUGAAGCUAGAGCUUGCUACCUGCACCUUUCUACGGGUGAUAUCUAUUUCAAGGAAGACAUGGUUCGUGCUUCCUCAUGUACUUUCAAAUUACUAAACAUUGCUCAUGGAUAUUUUUAUUUGUUUCAAACUACUAUUGGGCUUGCAUGCCCGUGCUAUUGGCCGGAUGUGGCCUAUGAAUUAUCGCUGAAUAUUUCCGCUUAUCAAUGGUUUAAUUUGUGAUGUUGUUAUGCA